CCCUCAACAUGAAAGUGUUCGUAGCGAUUUUGGCAUUGGCUGUUGCCUCUGUGUCUGCUGGCACUCUGCGCACCAAGGAUGACGCUGUUGCCCCGAAGGACAUUCAGGGCCGCAUCACCAACGGAUAUCCAGCAUCCGAGGGUAAGGCUCCCUACACCGUCGGUCUGGGUUUCAGUGGUAAUGGUGGCUGGUGGUGUGGUGGUUCCAUUAUUUCCAACACCUGGGUGUUGACCGCUGCCCAUUGCACCAAUGGAGCUAACUCUGUGACCAUCUACUACGGUGCCACCUGGCGCACUCAGGCCCAGUUCACGCACCAGGUUGGAAGCGGAAACUUCAGGCAAAACCCCAACUGGCCCAACACCAAUGGUAACGACAUCGCUCUGAUCCAAACCCCUCAUGUGGACUUCUGGUCGAUGGUCGACAGAGUUGAGCUGCCAAGCUUCAACGAUCGUUACAACAACUACGACAACUGGUGGGCUGUCGCCUGCGGCUGGGGCGGCACCUACGAUGGUAGCCCUCUGCCCGAUUGGCUGCAGUGCGCCGAUCUUCAGAUCAUCAGCAAUUCCCAGUGCUCGCAGACUUAUGGCUCUCUUCCGGACGGUAUUCUGUGUGUUAGUACGCCAAAUGGUAAAUCCACCUGCGGUGGUGACUCUGGCGGUCCUCUGGUCCUGCAAGACGAUAAGAAAUUGGUGGGUGUUACCUCCUUUGUGUCUGGCAAUGGUUGCCAAUCUGGAGCUCCAGCUGGUUUCACGCGUGUCACCACUCAUCUGGAUUGGAUCCGUGAUAACUCUGGCGUGGCUUACUACUAAAUAAGGUUGAGCGACUUUUCAUUUUCAAAACAAUUCUAUCAAUAAAGCAAUAAUAUAAAAAGCAAA